GUGAGAGUUCAUUCUCUCUCACACUCUGGUCUCGCAGCUGUCUUCAUUUCUCUUCGACGUCUCGCUCAUUCUCUCCUGAAAAGAAAGAAUGGCCACUGCUGGGAAGGUCAUCACAUGCAAGGCAGCAGUGGCCUGGGAGCCCAACCAGCCAAUGGUGAUUGAGGACAUAGAGGUCGCUCCACCACAGGCCAACGAGGUCCGCAUCAAGAUUGUGGCAUCAGCCGUGUGUCACACAGACCUUUACCACCUGUUUGAGGGCAUGCAUAAAGACGGCUUCCCAGCCGUCCUGGGCCACGAGGCGGCCGGUGUUAUAGAGAGCGUUGGGCCUGGAGUGACCGAGUUUCAGCCGGGAGACAAGGUCAUUCCUCUGUUCAUCGCCCAGUGUCGAGAAUGUCGCUUUUGCAAGAACCCGAACUCCAACCAGUGUGAAAAGGGAUGGGCUGCUGAUCGCUAUGAUGUGAUGUCAACAGAGGACUCCAGGUUCACCUGUAAGGGGAAGAAGGUCCUGCAGUUUAUGGGAACCAGCACCUUCUCACAGUAUACUGUGAUGAACCAGAUGUGUGUGGCUAAGAUUGACCCUGCUGCCCCUCUGGACAAGGUCUGUCUGCUUGGAUGUGGGGUCUGUACUGGAUUUGGAGCAGCAGUGAACACUGCCAAGGUGGAACCAGGCUCCACAUGUGCCGUGUUUGGCCUCGGAGCCGUGGGUUUGGCUGCAGUCAUGGGCUGCAAGUUCGCCGGAGCCAAGAGGAUUUUUGCUGUCGACACCAAUCCAGACAAGUUUGAAAAGGCAAAGGUGUUUGGAGCAACGGACUUUCUGAACCCCAAGGAUCACACUAAACCUGUCAGUGCAGUUCUGGCUGAGCUGACGGGAGGAGGAGUGGACUACGCUCUGGAAUGUGUCGGGAACGUGGGAGUCAUGCGCAGUGCUCUGGAAUCCUGUGUGAAAGGCUGGGGCGUCAGUGUGCUGGUCGGCUGGACCGACAUGCAUGACGUCGCUACUCGACCCAUUCAGCUCAUAGCUGGACGCACAUGGAAAGGCUCCCUGUUUGGAGGAUUUAAGAGUAAGGAUGGAGUUCCUGAGAUGGUCAAAGCUUACCUGGACAAGAAGGUGAAGCUGGAUGAGUUUAUAACUCACACCAUGACCUUGGCUCAGGUCAAUGACGCCGUUGACCUGAUGAAAAAAGGCAGAUGCAUUCGCACGGUUCUGAGUGUUUCUCCACAGUGACAUCACUGUGUUCAAAGUCACCCACACUCAUCACAGCUUCUUUUAACAUGAAAUGACCUGUGUUCAUGUCCUGGAUUGUUCAUAAAGUUUGCAUUUCAAAUAUACUACUAACAUCAUUUAGUAUUCUACCACUGCUCCUUAUUAUCAUAUUAUGAAUGUGUAUUAUUCCUCUCUGCAUUCAUUUGGCAGCAGCAACAUUAAUAUGUGAGUGAGUUGUGUAUCAGAGGUGUAAUGAGCAGCAAAAU